UGUUCUUCUACCACCAUGAACACUAUAUUCUCUCUCGCCCAACACUUCUUAUUCCCAUUUAAAUGUCUCUUCAUGACCGCUCCUAUAAGGACAAGUGAUCAAGAGUACAGGAAACCUUUACCUCGAUUGCCACCAGAAAUGUGGCUGGAAAUCUUUCAGUUUGCAACAUAUACGUAUCACUCGAUUGCCCCAAUGGACCCAUUUACUCAGAAACACAUAUCCAACAAUGCCAUGGGUCCUAAUACGCCACUCCUUGCGCAACAGACGAAGCGAACCCUUGUCCUCGUCUGCCGAUCUUGGAGGCAAAUUGCAACCCAGAUUUUAUACCACCAUGUUGCUGUAUUGAGUCCCUCUAGAGCAACGAUGAUAUUGCAUGCCCUCCAGAAACACUCUUACGCGCUGGAGGUGACAAACGACAAGUCGUCCAAAGUACGAGUUCGCAUAUCGGAGUAUGGCCGUUACGUGAGGCAUUUGGAAAUUCACACGCACUCCAGGAGAGCAGAAAGCGCGCGAUACCUCGAAACACUCUUUCGCAUUUUUCAAUAUUGCCCCAAUCUUCGCAUUCUUGAUGGCACAUGGAACCAUCGUCUUCCUGUCGAGUUCAUCACUGCGGUCGCCAGGCUGUAUGGGGCAACGCUUCGUGAACUGCAUUGGCAGGACCAGAAAGACAUUAGUGUGGUUACGCCCACUGAUUUGGCGUGCUUCCAAGCUCUACGUGUUAUCGAUUUGCGGGAUUAUUCAGGCUGUGACGCCAACGUUAGCAACGCCGAGAGGCCUACCCUUCCUCUCGUUGACCAUCUUAUUCUUUCUACGCGAACUACCAGCCUCACCGUUGCGACCGAUUUGCAAUUGCCUCGUCUUACUAAACUUACGCUAAGAACCCCAGCCACUGAGUCCGUCGCCUCUGAUCGUGCGAUAACCCACUUCCUCGAUGUUCACGGUUCCCGUCUUACCGCCGUUGACCUCCCUUCUCCGUCACCGGAUUCUGAUCCUGAUCCUGUUUCUGUGAGACAGGUCGCCCGAACGCUUGCCCACGUCAAACCUGCCUUGUUUCUCAAAUCGGGUGUGUGCCCCAAUCUUGAUACCCUAACUUUCGCGGUUACGGCUCCUAUCAUCACCCUAGCCGACCCUCACCCCACUCUCCGAAGGAUUGGCUUACGCGACGUACGAAUGGAUGGAUUGUACCCGGGCAAGAACAGUAACACCAAGUUCCAUCUGACAUCAUUCAACCGAAAUACAUUUCCCAAUUUAGAGACGGUGAGGACAGUCGACUUCCUGGUGGAAGCGGAGACGGAUACUAUGGCUGAGGACAUUUUCAUCUGGUGGUCCGAGAGAUUUGAGAGUGACGGUAUUGAUUUUCAAGACGGUCAAGGGAUAGUAUGGGCCUAUGAAGAGGAGAGCGAGAGUGAAACAUAGGCGCGAAGCCGGUGAGGAUUUGAUUAUGAUCAGUUAUUUGUUUUUCUUUCAGCCAGAAAUGUCAUACUUACACUAUAUUCUACACUUUGCAUUAGGAUACCACUAGGAAUAUUACAUUAAAUUCGAAUAACCGGUUAAAUG